UCUCCCUUACCGGUCACCAAGUGCCGCAACCAAUGGCUUUAGUGCAACUCCAUGUACAAAAUGGUUAAAAAAUGAGCUCAUAGUAGUACAAUAUUAGUAUGCCAAAAUAUAAGCUGAAAGCAUAAUAAAUCUGUUUAUGAUACUUAUUAUGUGGAUGUAUUCAAAGUUAGAAGUAUUGAAAAAAAAAGGUAAAUUAAUUAAAAAAAAAUUAUUACUUAAGAUACAUAGAUAAGAUAUAAUUUGAUUGCCCGUACAUAUACUAUACCUUCCCAAAAAAAAAAAAAAAAAAAAAAAACUCAAGAUACCGACCCAUUCGUAGUUUCAUUAAUUAUUCUUCUAUCAAGAAAAUAAAUUAAUUUAGCCAAUCUUUUUAUUCAUUGAAUUAAGAAUGUUGCAUAAAGAUAACCGCGAUUAUAUUUAGUUUUUACUUUUCACCACCAAAUCACAACAUUUGUGAUCAGAUUCCGCGUUAGAAUCAGAAUCAACAAAGACAAACAACACAUCAUUAAAUGACAUGUUGUGGCAACCACAUGCAGUUAGCUCUUCAAUGGCCCCUUUAAGAAAUUUCCUCGUUGCUUCUGAUAUCUCUCCCAUACUGGCCAAUAUAAACCAAUCUCUGUCUUACCACAACACCAGAAGAUAACGUCUUUAAGUUUUAUUAAAAAUCAUAAUAAGCAAGCACUUUGAUUUACUCACUCUCCAAUGUGUACCAGAAAGUACUACGGAGAAGAGGGAACCAAAGGGUUGCUUAUGCUUCGCCUUUUCGUGGGAAGCCUCCAAAGGAGACUCUCUCUUUUAGCAGCAGCAACAGAAAGAGAUGAGAGUGAUCUUGAUGAAGAACUGGAAGUGGCAACAACCGUGCCUGAGGAUGUCAAGGAAGGGCAUUUUGCAGUUUUGGCAGUAAACGGUGCUGAGAAAAAGAGGUUUGUUAUUAAGCUGGACUACUUAACUAUACCGGAGUUUCAAAGGUUACUUGAGCAAGCUGAGGAAGAAUAUGGUUUUGAACAAAGUGGAACUCUUGCAGUUCCUUGCAGACCUGAGGACCUUCAGAAAAUUUUGAGAAGACAUACCAGGGAUAAGAGCAGCUUCUGUAAAGAAGACUACGCCUUCUAGCAACCUUACCAUCAUAGCGGGAAACUAGGCAACUGAACACAUCUUGCUAAUUCAAAUAUGUAUUUCUAA